AUGAGAUCCUCGAUUGCCGGAGCCUUGCUCUUCGCUACUAUUCCGCUGCUAGUUGCUGCUCAGAACGGUACCACCCAGAACGGCACCGCACCACCGGCGACAAUAUUCGUGGCUGGGUAUGAUGGUUUCGUGCGAACCUUGGCUCUGACUGGAGAAGGAAACUCCUCGGCGUUGACACUCGUCAAUCAGACAGAUGGCUGCGGAGCCAAUCCUUCAUGGCUCAACAUCGAGAUCACCAAGCAGCGCGUCUGGUGCUUGGACGAAGGCUUCGUCGCAGGCUUCGGAACUCUCAACUCAUUGGACAUUGAGGACAAUGGUAUUCUCAGGCCAGUGGAGCAUCGCAACGUAUCCGCUAGUCCCGUCCACAGCAGGAUAUAUAACGGCGGCAAAAACAUAGUGCUCGCACAGUUUGGUAACGCCGAGACAAGUGGGAUUCGCGGUGGCUUGACUGUUCACAGUAUUGGUGACAACGGUGUGCUGGGCGCAUCGACUAACAUCACCUUUCCUGGCCUUUCAGCACCAGGGCCACGACCGGGUCAAGCCUUACCACGAGCCCAUGGCGUCUUUUCAGAUCCAGAGGACAAGAAUCUCGUAGUCCUCGACUAUGGUGCAGACUUGAUCCGCAUUUAUAAACAAGAGACGGAUGGCAGUUUGACUGAGGGUGCAGUGACCAGGCUUGCGCCGGGCACUGGUCCUCGCCACGCGAGAUUUUUUCAACACUCGGCAAACCCACAACUUUACCUGUUUGUGCUUUCUGAAUUUCAAAACACCAUCUCCACAUUCAAUGUGAGCUACGAUGACGACAAGUUGGUCCUCACAGGACCAAGUCGAGUCAUCGACACCUUUGGUGGUUGGGGAGAUGCGACUACACUUCAGAACGCCAAAGCAGCGGAAAUCAGGGUCACCUACGACAACAAGUUCGUGAUUGUGUCCAAUCGUAAUGACACGACUUUCCCAGAUUCGGACUCCUUGACCACCUUCACAGUCAAUGCCGAUGGUAGCCUCGUCCCAGUCCAGAUCGCUGCUGCUGGGGGCAAAUUCCCUCGCUCCUUUCAAGUCAAUCUCAAAGGUGACAAGGUCCUCGUCGCCGCUCAGACAGACUCAAAAGUCAUUGUGCUGGCGCGAAAUCCCCAGUCGGGACUCAUCUCCGGACCUAUCGCCUCGUUGGCCAUUGAUACCACUAUCGAUGGUGUACCGGCCGGUCUUCCAGCUGCCAUUUGGAAUGAGUAA